CCUCACUCACUUUUCUUACUCCUCCGCCCGCCGAGUGCCAUCCAUCCCACAUUCGUUCGUCUCUUUCCUCCUUUCUCAUCGCAUAGUCGGUCGCUCUCGCUUCACCUCCUCUUUCACCUCUCCCUUCGCUCCGUCGAUGCCGCCGCGGCUCAAUCAACACCAUGCAGUCUAGCGCUCUCUGGCGGCGCGACGACUCCACGGAGCAAUUUCUCAAACUCAUCCAGGAUCCUUUCCACGCCGCCUUUCAAAUCAACGCCGUCUGGGCCUCCUUGGCCACCUCCGCUGCCUUCAGUAUUCUCCUCGCCCUCCUCUUCUCCCUCUUCAGACCUCGCCACUCCCUUGUGUACGCCCCCAAGGUCAAACAUGCGGAUCGAAAACAUACCCCACCUCCUGUGGGAAAGGGCUUCUUCGCCUGGCUUAAUCCUGUCUUGCGCACGAAGGAGCCCGAUUUGGUUGAAAGUGUUGGGCUUGAUGCCACCAUGUUCAUCCGCUUUGCCAAAAUGUGCCGGAAUAUCUUCAUCUUCCUAAGCUUCAUUGGCUGUGGUGUCAUGAUUCCCUUGAAUCUCACGUCGAGCACGGGCGACACUGUCUCCAAGUUUGGCGCCUUUGCGACGAUGACGCCGCUUUAUGUCAAAGUCAACGCGAUCUGGGGUCAGGUCGUUUGCGCCUGGCUUUUCGAUAUCAUCGUGGCUUUCUUUCUGUGGCGAAACUACCAGGGUGUUCUGUCCUUGCGCCGAAAAUACUUCAAGAGCGCCGAUUAUCAGCGCAGCCUCCAUGCGCGGACACUGAUGAUCACAGAUAUCCCCCCGUCGGCUCGCUCGGACGAAGGUGUCUUGCGCUUGACGGACGAGGUCAACCCGACCGCUGCCCUCCCUCGAGCAGCCAUCGGCCGCAACGUGAAGGAGCUCCCCAGCUUGAUCAAGGAACACGAAGAAACGGUGCGACAACUCGAGUCUGUGCUGGCCAAGUACCUCAAGCGACCCGACCGGCUCCCGCCUAACCGUCCGACCAUGAGCCCGCAUCGGAAAGACAGAAGCGAGCAUCCGAGCGGCAAGGUGGACGCCAUUGAUUACCUAACGAAUCGCAUCCAGCGGUUGGAAGAAGAAAUCCGACAUGUUCGAGCUUCUAUAGAUCGACGAAAUGCCAUGCCGUUCGGUUUCGUCAGCUGGGAUAUGAUUGAACAUGCGCAUGCCGUGGCUUAUAACGCACGCAAGAAGCACCCUCAAGGCACGACCAUUGCGCUUGCGACUCGACCGGACGAUCUCAUCUGGGAGAAUUUGCCGUUGACCAAGAGCGCACGGAGAUGGAAGCGAUUCCUGAAUGCGAUUUGGGUGUCAAUUUUAACCUUAGUGUAUAUCGUUCCCAACGGGCUGAUUGCUAUUUUCCUGUCCAACUUAUCGAACCUGGGCCUGGUUUGGCCGGCCUUUCAGACAUCGCUCAAUGCCAACCCUAAGGUCUGGGCCGCAGUUCAGGGUAUUUUGUCUCCAGCUAUCACUUCUCUCGUCUACCUCGCCCUGCCCGUCAUCUUCCGCCGACUGGCUGUACGAGCGGGCGACGUCACCAAGACAUCUCGCGAGCGUCAUGUGCUUGGUCGGCUUUACUCGUUCUUCGUUUUCAACAAUCUGAUCGUCUAUUCCCUCUUCGCUGCCGCGUGGACAUUCGUCUCGGCUGUUAUCGAUGCGCAGAAGACGGACAACAACGCCUGGAAAGCUAUCCAGGAUGGACAGUUCUACAAAAAGAUUGUUAGUGCCCUGUGCAAUGUGUCCCCGUUCUGGGUGACGUAUCUGCUGCAGCGGAAUCUGGGUGCCACCAUCGAUUUGGUUCAGCUGGUCACUGUAUUCUGGGUGUGGUUCUCCAAGACAUUCCUCUCGCCUACCCCUCGUCAGGCUAUCGAGUGGACGGCCCCGCCAGCUUUCGAGUACGCCAUGUAUUACAAUUAUUUCCUCUUCUACGCCACCGUCGCGCUCUGCUUUGCCACAUUACAGCCGAUUGUGCUACCCGUCACUGCGCUCUACUUCGGGCUGGAUGCGAUGAUGAAGAAAUACAUGCUAAUGUAUGUGUUUGUGACCAAGACUGAGUCUGGAGGGCAGUUCUGGCGCGUCUUGUUCAACCGUAUGGUCUUUGCAGUUAUCCUGUCCAACAUCGUCAUUGCCUUUGUGGCCAAGUCUCAGGGUACCUGGACCAUGGUUUACUGCGUGGUUCCGCUGCCGUUCCUGAUGCUGGGCUUCAAGUAUUACUGCAUGAAGAAGUUUGAUUCUGAGAUUACCUACUACAACCGCGCAAACCUCACGGAUGCCGAGGCUCUGGCAGUCAGCAAGCCGAACAAGAAGGCGUCGGAGCGACUCAACGCCAAGUUUGGCCAUCCGGCCCUUUACAAGCCUCUUAUCACCCCGAUGGUACAUGCUCGGGCUGCGGAAGCAUUGAAGCGUAUCUACAGCGGUCGUCUGGCAACGGCCGAUACAGAGGGAGAAUACUCGGACAUUGCCAUGGAUGCCAUGUCGGCUUCCCACCCAGGAAAGUCCAUGAUGGACGCCACGGGACCGGCACCUUUCGAGGUCGUUCCAGAAAAUCAUCUGGACUUCUCUUAUUUCAAGGAUCGGCCAGAUUUCCGGGACGAGUUUGGCGGAGGUAUCUACGGUCGCCCAGACGAUGUAUUCACCGAACGCUCACAUACACCUCGGAGCGCCUUGGGUGAGUGGUCGCCCACCUCUUCACGCGCCUCAUCGCCGACCCCAUCGGUACCGUCGCUCUCCGGACUGAAACCACAUGAUGGUUACGAUCCGACGGCCAACGACCACAUCCACCCUGCCUUCCGUGUUCCCACACCCUUGGGAGGUGGCGGGCUAUAUCAGCACCGUAACGAGAGCGAGACGGAGCUUCUGGCGCAAGCACAGCAACCGGCGGUGCCUGAGAUGGUGACGCCACUAGACCGUUGGCGGACGAGGGGAUACGGUCCUGUCGAGCAGGAUGAUCCUAGCUUCACCUCGUAUGAGCACUACCGGAUGCCACGAUAAGAAGAAGACGUGUGCAUGUAUGAAUUUGUGAUUAU